GCCAGCCCCACCCCUGUGCAUCGAAAAUCGCGCGAGUGCGGCCUCGCGGACCUCGUGGUGACUGGUGAAGCUCGAGCCUCUUUUCCUCACACACUGUCGAUCGGACUCGGCCAUAUUGGAUCAUCUCAAUUGGAUGUCUGUGUUACACAAGGGCUCAAGAGUAGCCGGAAAAUCCAAGUCCUCACCUCUAACAAGGAGGGACAACUCAAGAUUUAAAUACACAAAGCCACCGCGAUCAUGGAAAACGCUUAUAGCAUAACCGUCACCAACAAGUUCUGCCUGGCCCUCGACGAAGACCAGGACCCUCUCGAAAUCCUUAAACUGCGUGAACAAGAACAAGAAAAAAAGAAGAAGGACAAACUCAAUGAGAAGGAAAACAAGACUAAGCAACCCAACGAGAAGCCUGCCAGCGCUGCUUCUUCUCAACAGCAAUUAAACAAGCAACCCCAGCAAUCCAACAAGCAGUCUAAAAUCAACAAAGAGAAUCAACAGCAGCUACCCCGCAAUCAGGACGCCAAAAAGGAUCAAGCUGGUGACAAGAAGCCUUCUCAGCAGAAGUUUGGUGGAGAGCGCAAUGUGAAGUUUAAUACUGAAUCCAGAGAGGAACAUUAUAAUAGGCGCAAUCAUGAGGAUGGAGAGAGACCUCGUAUUCAAAAUGACUUUAGACGAGGACCAUCUGGCGAGGGACGUGAACCGCGUGAAUACCGUGAGCUUCGUGGUGAGUUCCGCAAUCAUCAGGACUUUGGCGAACGUCGCGGUGGUGGACGUGGUCGUGGCUUAGGCCGUGGCAGGGGAGGCGGUUUCCGUGGUCGCGGUGGCUUUGACAACCGUGGCAAACGUGAAUUCGAUCGUCAAUCUGGAUCGGACAAGACAUCUGGUUACAGCGGAAUAAAACCCAUUGACAAGAAGGAUGGUGCUGGGAGCCAUAACUGGGGAACACACAAUGAUGAAAUCGAAGAGAGCCUAAACCAAUCCGAUCAGGAUUGGGCGAUCGAGAAGCUGGAUGAAUCGCCAACUACGGUCAACGAAACCAAGGACAGCGCAGGCACCGGAGGAACCAGCGCUGAGGUCGGUGAUAGUGGCGACAAGUCGAGUGGUGAAGAGAAACCUGCCGAGGAAGAAGCUCGUGAGUUAACCCUUGACGAGUGGAAGGCUUUGCGUCAGAACCGACCCAAGCCGGAGUACAACUUGCGCAAGGCUGGCGAGGGCGAAGAUCCAUCCCGCUGGAAAAAGAUGUACGCUCUAGAGCGUAAGAAGGAAGGCGAAGCCGAAGAGGAUGAGGACGAUGAAGAGUAUGACGCUGCUGAAUAUCCGCAACGUGUCGGACGCCAAAAACAUGUCCUCGACAUUGAAAUCCAGUUCAGCGAUUCGCGACGUAGCGGAGGCGGCGGGCGCGGUCGUGUAGGUCGCGGUGGACGUGCUCCCGGGCGUGGUUUCGGCAAUCGUGGCCCGCCUCGUGGUGGAUUUGAAAGUGGCGAGCCUCGCUCUACUGAGCAAAGAUCGCCUCGCGAGCGCCAAAAUGCUCCAAAAGUUGAUGAUGAGCAUGACUUUCCCUCAUUGGGUUAGUAACUCUGUGUUGUCAACGAGCUAACUAUCCAAAAAAAGUAAUGAGCCACCGUUAUUUAAUUGACAAAGAAAAGAAAAAAACAACACCGUUUCAACCAUGAUCAACACUCCAGUUCUUCGACUAUCAAUAUUAUUGCUACAGUUGCUGCUAUCGCUACUCCCGUUGCUGAUAUCGUAACAUCAUUGUUGUUAAAAGGCAUUGUUACAGUAACAUCAACACGCGAUCCCAUUAUUACAGGCAUACUUGCAUAAGAAAGAAAAACAAAACGAAAGCGACUAUGCGUAACAGGUGUAUAACAUUCAUUUUUACACUGUACUCAUAAGCACAUACGCGCGCUCAUACACAAACACACGCACACACGCGCACACACACACACACACACACACACACACACACACACACACACACACACACACACGCACGCACGCACGCAUAAACACACAGUUUAGUUUUGCAACAGUUAUCUUGCAGAUGAGAAGUUACAUGAGUAUCAUUAGAAUCAGGGAGAAAAAAUCGUAACUAUUGUACAAUCUCUUGGCUGCUUCGGCUUUAUCUUAAACAAAGGUAGUUUGUUUGUAAAUUAAUUCUUUAAUGUUUAAUAUUAAAUGUAGAAAAGGCAGUCCAAGAGACUCAAAAACUCUGUAUUGCGUUUGUUUUAAUUUUUAAAACUCUUGUCAGUAUGCUACUCCUAUCUGAAGACGGCCUAGGUUAGAGGAGGCCAAUAAACAUUACAUUGACGAUCUGUUAGCUUUGACCGACGCGACGUAGUGUGCGGUAAAAACAUUUUCCUCUAGGCGAUAAAUUUUAAAGAAAAGCUUUGUUUUAUAAUUUUUAUACGGCACCUUCCUGCGAUCUGACGCAGAGUUAGCAAAAAUAAUACAUAAAAACAGAUCGAUACGAGAAAAGGGUUUAGAGUAGGAAGGAUAAAAAUAACAUUCGCGUAGACAUAGAUGUUAAAUACCUUCGGCUCUUGCCCAUGUUUGUAAUUAAAAAAAAGUAAAACCUAGAGGUCGAUAUGAUGAUAAAGUAUACUUUUAUUUUUUACGAUGGCUGAGUCGUGUUGCGAGUAACUUUGCGAUGUAUUUUUUUUCUCUGUCACAGCAAAUAAUAAUAAUAAUAAUAAUAAUAAUAAUAAUAAUAAUAAAAGGAAUAAAAGUUCGCGUUUGGAUGUUAGUGUAUUUUCAAUCAACUGCGCGUUAUCUGGGUUUCGAAGAGAGGCAAAGAAAUACACUCACUCUUCCAGUGCGAAAUAAGAUCGAAAUAACUUAAUAUAAUAAAGAAACGUGAUACAAAGAAAACUACCAUCAAUUAUGUGUUAUACUUACAUCGAUCAAUUGUCAUAUAUAUUUCAAAGUAUCGAAAAAACGCUCUAUAUUAGUGAUCCGCGACGUUUAUUAUAUUAUUACUUUAAAAAGUAAAGAUGAAAAAAAUAGCUAGAAAUCGUUUUUGAGUCUUGAAAGAAGCGAAACCCUAGAUCUCCUUCACUGAGAUACACACUGUUACAAUAUUUGACACUUAGGUAAACAUGUAAAUAACGUGCUGUUUACAAAGGACAAAUUGUGACUAAACUAUGCUAGAGUCAUAAAUACGUGAAAGAAAUAAUUGUAAAAAUAUACACAGAAAGAAGAAAAAAAGAUUCUUUAGUCGAGUCUGAGAAACAUUUCUUCGUUAACUUGUCUUUCUUAUAUUUGCCAUACUUAAUAUGCAUGUCGCUGAUUUUCUCGUCAUUUUCUUC